GAGGGUGUCGGUAGAGGGACAUUCACUCAUUGUUACCAAGUCGAGGAGCGGCGCAGACCCCGUUGCCACAUGUGAAAUUUGAGGAACAAUAUUCAGAUCCCAGACCAAAUUGUGUCCAUCACUGGCUGUCAUCGGUAUUUGCUCUCUUUGGUCAGAAGCAUCCUUGCAGUCAGCCAAUACCAGAGGGAGGAGUGCGAGCGUGAGCCGUUCUCGCACAUCACAGCGGAGACAUCUUGAAGGACCACAGUCUUUCAGGUGAUGGAGGUCUUAUGACACACUGCUGCCACCGACCAAAUUCCCUGCUGUGAUGGAUGCUGCCAGCCUCAACCAUGGCCAUGUUGGAUUACACCACCCAACCCAAACCGUUUCUUUGUGAGUCGAAGAGGAGGGAGAACUACAGACUACCAACCAAUCCCAGGCUGUUCUCAAGCUUUCUGCACCAGCAUCACCUUCCAAAUUCUACCUCCUGGUGAACGAACCUGAUGCUUGAAGCGCCAGACGCCACUCCCUAACUUGCAGUCCCCAGGUUUUUCCUCUCAUCUGCUUUUCUGCACCAGCAAUGGGUCUUCUGUGGGUUCUGUCGGUGUCCAUGUUGACAGCUUGCGUUGCCAUCCCGAUGGAUGCAGUGGCGGGCAGUCACAGCAUGUUCACCUGUGAGCCCAUCACGCUGCGCAUGUGCCAGGGCCUGUCCUACAACUCCACCUUCAUGCCCAACGUACUGAACCACUACGACCAGCAAACCGCCGCUCUCGCCAUGGAGCCCUUCCACCCCAUGGUGAACCUGCAGUGCUCUCCAGAGCUCAGGAUGUUCCUGUGUGCCCUCUACGCCCCGGUCUGCACCGAGUACGGCCGGAUGACUCUCCCCUGCCGCCGCCUGUGUCUGCAGGCCCGGAGUGACUGCUACAAACUAAUGGACAUGUUUGGUGUCAGCUGGCCAGAGGAGAUGGACUGCAACAGGUUCCCAGACUGUGAUGAGGCCUACCCCCGUCCUGUAGACCUCCUGUCUAGCUCUGACACAACUGAAUCCCCCAUCUCUGUCCAACGAGACUAUGGCUUCUGGUGCCCCCGUGAGUUGAAAAUCGACCCCGACCUCGGCUACUCCUUCAUGGGAGUCCGCGACUGCUCUCCCCCCUGUCCCAACAUGUACUUCAAACGUGAAGAACUGGCAUUCGCCCGCUACUUCAUCGGGGUGGUAUCCAUCGUCUGCCUGUCCGCCACCCUCUUCACCUUCCUGACCUUCCUCAUUGACGUGUCGCGUUUCCGCUACCCGGAGCGUCCGAUUAUAUUCUACGCUGUGUGCUACAUGAUGGUGUCCCUGGUGUUCUUCCUGGGGUUUCUGUUGGAGGACCGGGUUUCCUGUAAUGCAGCAAGCCCUGGGAGGUUCAGGGCAUCCACAGUGACCCAAGGCUCUCAUAAUAAGGCCUGUACCCUCCUGUUCAUGGUACUCUACUUCUUCACCAUGGCAGGAAGUGUCUGGUGGGUCAUACUGACCAUCACCUGGUUCCUUGCUGCCGUCCCCAAGUGGGGCAGUGAAGCGAUCGAGAAAAAGGCCCUCCUCUUCCACGCCUGUGCCUGGGGGAUCCCAGGAGCCCUCACUGUCACUCUGCUGGCCAUGAACAAGAUCGAGGGUGACAGCGUCAGCGGUGUUUGUUUCGUAGGACUCUACGACUUAGCGGCGCUGCGGUGGUUCCUGCUUGCCCCGCUGGGACUGGACGUAGUGGUGGGUGUGGCUCUGCUGCUUGCGGGCAUUGCAGCGUUGAAUCGAGUCCGCAUGGAAAUCCCCCUGGAGAAGGAGAACCAGGAGAAGCUGGUGAAAUUCAUGAUUCGUAUCGGCGUGUUCUCAGUACUGUACCUGGUUCCUCUGCUGACUGUCCUGGCCUGCUACCUGUAUGAGAACAGCUACCGAGCCAUCUGGGAGACGACCUGGAUCCAGGAGAAGUGUAGGGACUACCACAUUCCCUGUCCCUACCAGGUGGAGCGGACCAGCCGUCCGGACCUGGCCUUGUUCCUGAUUAAGUACCUGAUGAUGCUGAUUGUGGGGAUCCCCUCAGUUUUCUGGGUCGGCAGCAAGAAGACCUGCUUCGAAUGGGCCAGCUUCUUCCACGGCAAGCGCCGCAAAGAUGGGAUGGUCAACGAUAGCCGCCAGGUGCUGCAGGAGCCUGACUUCGCUCAGCUGUUGCUCAGGGACCCCAACACGCCCAUCGUCAGGAAGUCACGGGGCACCUCCACUCAGGGGACCUCCACCCACGCCUCCUCCACCCACCUGGCCAUGCUGGACGAGCCGCCCAGCGCCAGCACCAGCCGGGCUGGCUCGGUCCGCAGCGCCCGCUCUAAGAUGAGCAGCUACCACGGCAGCCUGCACCGCUCCCGAGACGGCAGGUACACGGCCUGCAGUUUCCGAGCUGCAGAGGAGCGACUACCCUAUGGCAGCAUGCCUCGCCUCAACGACCAAUCACAGUCCAGACACUGCAGCACAAAUCGGCUGGACAGCCUAUCACGGCACGGCUCCACUCAGCGCCUGGAGAGCCAGUCGCGGCACAGCAGUGUGAGGGACCUUAGCAACCCCACCCAAGCUGUUCACAGCGUUCCUGGAAACGGGAUUCACAGGGUGCUGGAGGAGGAUGGAGCCACGGCGUGAAGUGAAACAAAAAAAGGGAACGAGCUAACCUCCUUUUCCUGGGAACGUCCAUGCAGAUGUGAUGGGACUGGAUGGUUAUGAGUUAGACUGGAAAGGACAACUAUUUUCUCUUUUACAGAAGAGCCAAGGAAUGUGAAAUGAGCCACACUGAGCAAGACAGACGGGGCUAAUAGUAAUUACAACUGCUUUGUUUACACUUAUCCAAUCCUGUCAGAUGUGUGUAAGGUGGGGAGGCUGGACCGAGACGCUGCAGCUCACUGAUCACAUGAGCAACAUCCAGCCAAUCUCAUGGGACUGAAUUUGGAUUGGCGCCUUAAAAUGUCCACUCAGCUUUACCUAAUUCAGAGCACUGGGCUGAUCCCACUAAAUGAAGCCCUGCGAUCACUUCUGUCCAGUUUACAUUAAGUGUGGAAAAAAGAUGCUAUAACGUUUGGAUACCUGAUAGAUGAAGAUCAUUACACUCCACCACUUCAGUGGUGGAGUGUGUUUCCUCUUAGCGAACUGAAAUAAUUUCUGUAGAGGACACUGAGUGACAUUUUGAUGAAGGACAAAAUCAAAUGUCAUCAUGAGCCUUUUGCAACAGUCGGGAGGGCGAGGCAGGGUAUUUUAUAGAGACUUAUCAACGAUGUCAUCACUGCUUUUACACCUCUCUCUUUAGCUACUGAUGUCCCCGUUACUGUUCAGUUGCAUCCAACAGACUGAGUGGUUUGUCUUUGUUAAGAGGUGACAUGGUAGCCUCGUAGUGAAGAGUUAGUGCUGUGACAGGAGGCUCGCAGGUUCAAUCCCAGCUGUCAGUGUGUCCUUAAGUAAAGCACUGAAAUCCCACUUGCUCACUCAUGGUGUGUCGCCUCUGGAUAAGACUGUCAGAAAAGUGGAUAAAUGUUAAUAAGAAAAUGAAGGAAAUUUACCAAGCUGAAGUCGGCAGCAUUGUUUUGAACCUCCAUCACAUCUGAGGUGGGAAACACCACGUCCAUCGCUCCAGCUGCUGAGAUCCAGUCCUCUUGAAUACAUUUUUCAGUGAUGAAUCUGACAUGGUCAGUGUGCAUCUGGUGCACAGCAGCAGGCUGGAGCUGAGCUGGGCUGUCCUCCAUCCUCAAUGUGUUUUCUGUUCAACAUGGCUGCUGGGGAAGGUGGUCUACACAAAUAAUACAUCAGUUUAAGGAGCAUCAUGGUUUUAAGAAGCAGUGAGAGUACAGAAAGAUGUCAGGUCAUCUUCAAGUGUUUUAUUGACAAGCACUCUUUCACAGUGGUAACAUUUUUCCUGACCUUCCCUUUCCAAAAGCCUCAUGUUGAACACUGCUGUUUUACCAUGUUAUGGUAUUUUUUUCGUAUUUGGUGUCUUCAUUGCACUUCAGAUGGAUGCAGAAAUUCUGCAACAAUGUCUGUGACGGAGGGACAAAGACAUUUUUCUUGUACUCAGUCUGUGUGCUGUUGGUCAGCCAUUUUGAACACAAGGGCUGAAAAACAGGGAAAAAGCUGAAUCCAAACUCCUGCCUUACAGUUUGAAUACCAUAGGUAGUGUGUGCGCGCUUAUCGCCCUUAAAUUAGUGUAGGACUUCAGUUUGUCCCGUUAGCAGAAGUGUAUCCUUACGUGUACAGAUAAAUGUUAGCCCUGUUUCUUCUAGUGGCAAAAUUUGUGCAUAGAUGUAAAAAUGGAAUUUUUGUUGGCUCAUUUGUGAAAUUUGUAAUAAAAGGUUUUUUUUUCCUGUU